GGAUAAAACUGUUUGCAAACUGAUUUAAAACUUUCUAUUUUAUUAAGUUCUAAAGAACAAUGGAGACCAAAAUGGAUUUUAGCAAAAUUUGUCGUGCAUGUUUAUCUGAUACGGGUCCUUUAAAGGAAUUAUUCGUCGUCUGUACAGCUGAAGUAUUUAAGUACUGUACAUCCGUGGAGAUAUCUAAGAAUGACUAUCUACCACAGUUAAUUUGCCAAACAUGCUUAGAUUUGCUAAACAAGUUCUAUUAUUUCAAGCAAGGUGUUGUACGCUCAAAUACUAUAUUGAAACAGCAAUGUUAUGGAAAAACUACCGAGGAUAUAAGAUCAGAUCAGUGCAACAGUGAAAGAAAUGAAUUAUUAGAAGUUUCAGUAAUAGAGCUUAAUGAUGCACAAAUACAUGAGAACAUGAAUAUUGAAGUGGAACAACCAAAAGUUAGGCGAAGAAGAAGAGCCAUAAGACAGUAUACAGAGAAAACUCUUACAGGAAAAGAACGAAUGAAGUGUAUGAAAUGUGGGAAAAAUUUCCAGAAAUAUGAAAAUUUCGAAGCACACAUGAGAAGUCAUUUUGGAAAAAAACCUGAUAUCAAGUGCCAAUACUGUGACAAGACAUUCCUGAACCUCCGCAAUCUGAACAGUCACAUACGAGUACAUACCGCAGGUCGCAAAUAUCAAUGUAGUACAUGCAAUAAGUGCUUUGCAUAUCUAAGUGUACUGAAGAACCAUGAACUUAUUCAUUCCGGUGUUAAGAGGCAUAUGUGUCAUUUGUGUGAUGCUAAAUUUGUACAAGCUUAUAAUCUUAAGAUGCAUAUAGAAACGCAUAGCAGCGAGAAGAACUAUGGAUGUUCUCAGUGCGGUAAGAAGUUCUCUCAACCUGGCAACUUGAAGAUACAUCUCAUACGACACACCGGUAUCAAGAACUUUGCCUGUAAUAUGUGCAAUAUGAGGUUUUAUAUUAAGGCAGAUUUAGUGAAGCACAUGAGGUCCCACUCAGCAGACAAACCGUUCUCCUGUCAACUCUGUGAUAAAACAUUUAAAAGCAGAAGUUUUCAAGCAAUCCAUAUGCGAACACACACUGGUGAGCGUCCCUACGCUUGUGAUCUCUGUCCAAAGAAGUUUAUGGCACGUAAAGAUCUAAGGAACCAUAGAAUGAUACAUACCGGAGAGAAACCACACAAGUGUCAACUAUGCAACCAGGCAUUUAUACAGAAAUGUGCAUUAAACAGGCACAUGAAAGGUCAUGGGAAGGUUUCCGACACACAGAAUGUGAUGCCCGAGACACAAAUGCAAUUAUUGAUGAACGGGCCAAAAACACUCACAUAUAGAAACUGGAAUGGGGAAGCUUGAUACUAAUAAAAUAUUUAUAUAGAAAUCAAAAAGUUUGGGAACAUUUUUAAUUUAAAUCAAGAAUUAUGAGAAAGUGAAAAUAAAGUGGAGCUAGUUAUCAGUGCAACGAAUUUGCAG